AUGGAGGAGCUCGCAAGACUUGGUCUCCGCGUGUUGGCAUUAGCCCAUCGGCCGUAUAAAGAGAGCCAUGUCUUUGACAAUUCUGGUAUCAGCCGUGACGACGUCGAAAAGAAUCUCUGCUUUCUUGGACUGAUCGGUCUCUACGACCCUCCGCGACCAGAAACAGCUUCUUCCAUCGCAGCAUGUUACCGUGCUGGAAUUGAAGUGCAUAUGGUGACGGGGGACCAUCCUGGGACUGCCAAAGCCAUUGCACAGCAGGUGGGGAUUCUUCCUGCGGAUCUCGGCACAGUGGCAGCCGACGUGGCAGACGCUAUGGUCAUGACUGCCGGUCAGUUUGACAAGCUCACUGACGAACAAGUCGAUGCCCUCCCUACCCUGCCUCUGGUCAUUGCCCGCUGCGCUCCUCAGACCAAAGUACGCAUGAUUGACGCGCUUCAUCGGCGUGGGCGGUUUGCCGCUAUGACAGGCGAUGGUGUCAACGAUUCUCCAUCCCUUAAACACGCGGAUGUGGGCAUCGCCAUGGGCCAAGCCGGAUCAGAUGUCGCCAAGGACGCAUCAGACAUCAUCCUCACAGACGAUAACUUCGCCUCGAUCCUCAACGCAGUAGAAGAAGGCCGCCGCAUCUUCGACAACAUUCAAAAAUUCGUCCUUCAUCUCCUCUCCGAGAACAUCGCCCAAGCCUGUACACUGCUAAUUGGCCUUGCUUUUCAGGACAAAGAUGGCCGCUCCGUCUUUCCCCUAUCCCCUGUAGAAAUUAUAUGGAUCAUCAUGAUUACUUCCGGUAUGCCGGACAUGGGUCUAGGCAUGGAGGUCGCCGCGCCCGAUAUCAUGGACAGACCUCCACAAAACAAAGCCGGCAUUUUCACCUGGGAGGUCAUAAUCGACAUCAUAGUUUACGGCCUGUGGACAGCAGCCCUCUGCCUGUCGGCCUUCUCCAUCCGCAUGUGGGGCUUCGGUGACGGUAACCUUGCACGAGGCUGCAACAGGGCAUGGAGCGAAGAAUGUGAUCUUGUGUUCCGCGCCCGCGCAACGACCUUUGUCUGCCUCACCUGGUUCGCCCUCUUCCUGGCAUGGGAAAUGGUCAAUAUGCGUCGUUCCUUCUUCCGCAUGCAGCCUAAAUCCGAGCGCUACUUCACGCAGUGGAUGCACGAUGUCUGGCGUAACCCUUUCCUCUUCUGGUCCAUCAUAGCCGGCUUUGUCACGACCUUCCCGAUCCUGUACAUCCCCGUGAUUAACAAAGUGGUCUUCAAGCAUACCUGGAUCUCAUGGGAAUGGGGCAUCGUCUUC